CCGACAUCGACAUGGCCCAGGAUCGGGGGACCCAUCGAGAUCCAGCCCCCGGAUUUUGAGUUUGGAUUUACAAUUUGCAUGCACCCCAUCACUGUUUGAUGUCUUUAGACCAUUUUUCUGGGCUUGUCUUGAGACACACACCCGGGGGGGAGAACAAGAGCAAGAGCAGCAUUCGGGACCGUCGACUGACCGGCCAUCUGCAUCUGUGUCUUGUGUGUCUGCACCUGCACCUGCACCGGCACCGGGCCCAUCCUCUGAGAUAUAGACAUUAUACAGUAGACAUUGCACAUUACUUCGUACGCACGCUGAGGGCAACCGCCAAAACCCUGACCAGGUCAACAAGGAGCAACAGCCUCAUCUGUCCUGCUCCACAUUAUUCGGCGAUCCGGCAGGGCUCACUUGAUUUAGGGAAGCAAGCAGAGAAGAGAGAGGAAGGGAGAGAGAGGGAGAGAGAGAGAGAGAGAGAGAGCUUGUGACGGACGACCUGGGAGACACAAGCACACACACACUCACACUCACACACACAUCCCUCCCUCCUCCUCUUCUCUCUUGUCCCCCUGACCCAUCAUCACCCGGCCUGCUUCUCCUCCUCUGACCACUUCUCCUGGAGACACCGUGAUUCCUGUCGCACAGGCUAGGAACUCGGCUUCCACUGCCCACGGAACUGCACAUUGUACCAUCUCCACCACGAGGUGACUGUCAGGCAGCCCCCACCUGCUACUCCUGCUGCUGCUAGCACUUCUCACAAGGCUCGCGACGGUUGCUCUCCUCUACCUGCCUGCUUCUCGUCCAACCGCCCUCGUCGAGUCAUUUCUUAGCUGCUUGCAUAUCGGCGGCCAUCUGGUCUGGCCUGCCACCGGUUUCGAGCGAGCAUUAAGGCCCCCAUUCGUAUAAAUACAUACAUCGUCUAUCCACAGCAGCUUCAGGGACAGUCCCCCGCCCCCCGAACUUGGCUGUUCGAUUUCGACCCUGCAUUGAUCCCACAGGCCUCUGCUGUGCAGACUUCCUGUGACCGGCCCAAGAUACAGACUGGACCAGGUCGGUCCAGAUCAGACUCGAAAUAACUUACACAAGCACCAGGCGACCCGGAAGGCAGCCAGUAUCCGUAUAAGCGGGUACCAUCAUCCCACCAGGGCACAGGACCCCAUUUGUGAACCCUCGACCAGGCAGUCUGCCUGCACUACUGUGUACUCCAGUACCCAAGGUACCAACCGGUGGUAGGCGCAGCCCAGCCAGCCCAGCCAGCCCAGCCCAGCCCGCCUAGGCCGAACCCACCUGCUGCUGCAGCUAGCUUGCUGCGGCCCUUUGGUUCUGUCGUACCCCAGUCGGGCAAGGAAGGGGUGGAAAAACAGAGCGAGUGAGUGAUAACGGUCCCGGGGCCCAGUCACAGACGGCGAGUCCAUCAGCCCCUCCAUUUUCUGUCGUCAUCUGCGCCAACUUUUGAGACACUCUCAACUCUCUCUGUCCCGUCCUGUCCUCGACUCGACAAGACUCGACCUGCAAUACUCUCUUCCCCCACUCAACAACAACAUCAAUCUCUUCGAAGGCGCCCUGCUUGUCCCUGGCCCAGGCGACUUGAUUUGCAUCGGAUUUCGGCGCCAUUUUGCCUUCAAGCUUAACGUUCCCCCGUCAGAACGUUUCUCCAGCGCGCUACUGUGGUUGCCAUCCCGACCUACUGGUCUCACCGUUGAUCCCGUCCGCCGCUUCGCUGCACCCGCCGCCUGCCUGCAGCCAUGUCCCGCAAUACCUGGGACCGCGAACGCUUCAUGUACGAGCGGGAUCGUGACCGAGACCGCUAUUAUGAAGAAGACGACCACUACCACAGAGGUGGCACAAAAUACCGCGAACACUCGGCUGACGAGCGUUACGAGCGCCGGGAGAGACGUCCCUUUGAAGACGAGGUGGUCAUCCGCGACUCCCGCAAGGUCUACUACGACGAGCCCGAGCCAAGGUUCUCACGCCACCGUUCACCUCCAGCCGAUCUCGAGCGCGACCGUCGUGUCGUGAUUGAGCGCGAGAGGCAGAGGGUGUCCAGCCCCUCCCCGCCAAACAGGCCUGCAUUCCUCCGCAGACAAUCCAGCCUCGACACAUUUGACAGGCGGCCCAGAGGAUACCACUACGAGGAGGAGGAGAGGGAGAGAUACGGCCCGCCUGCGAGGCGCGAGGAAUUCCGCCCCAGGCCUUAUGAGCCCAUCCCGCUGCCUCGCAGCCGCGCCCUGCCCCCGCCCAGGAGAUUUGCCGAGCGCGACUCCUUCGACGAGAUCCGUGUGAGCGACCCAGACUACUAUGGCGACGAGGAGUACCGGUCCUACCCAGAGCGCGUGCGCGAGCGGGAGAUCAUCCGCACCAAGAGGCGAGACCACAGCCCCUCGGCCCACACUCACAGGUCCAGUCGCACCCGCAGCCACCGUGGCAGCACCGUGCGCAGCAGCUCUCGCUCAUCCACCACUACCAGUAGCUCAGGAAGCAGCAGCGGUGGCACCACCGUCACUGUCAAGAGCGAGUAUCCCAAGAAGGGCAAGACCCGCAUUCCAGCUCGCCUCGCUUCCAAGCGCGCGUUGAUCGAUCUGGGUUACCCAUUCGUUGAGGAGGGUAAUACGAUUGUUGUAUUGAAGGCCCUCGGCCAGGAAAACAUUGACGACCUGCUCAAGCUCAGCGAGGACUACAAGAAGAGCGAGCUUGAACUUACCGCCGGACGGUCCGAGGCGGGCAACAUUAUUGAAGAGAGGCGGGAGGAGACCAUCAUCCAUGCGCCAGCACCGCCGCCGUCGCAUCACCCAUCUAUGCAUGCACCACCACCACCUCCGAUGAUGCACGGCCCCCCUCCGAUGAUGCAUGGUCCGCCGCCGCCCGUCAUGAUGCCGCCGCCGCCAGUUGCUCAACCACCUCCCAUGUUCCACGCGCCGCCGCCACCGCCCCCACCUCCAGCUGCUGAGGUGGUGGAGAAGACCACCGUCAUCCGUGACGUCUCACCCGCUCGGUCGUACACCACGACCACAUCUGGAACGACGCACACGUCCCGCACGCCCUACAUUGUCGACGUCCGGCGCGAAGAGAUUUCCGAGGAAAUUCCCGUCGGCGCGGGUGCACUGAUCAGGUCAGAACGCCACCGCUCGCGCUCGCGCUCCGACCGGGACAUACGGCACGAGAUCCGUGACCUCGAGCGACAGCUUGAGCGGAAGCGCCACGGCGAGCGCGAGCUGGUCAAGGCGGAGCGGCUCAGCAGCGGGGAGCUUGUGCUGUACGAGGAGCAGGUGGAGAGGAUCGAGGAGCCGCGGCGCGGGGUGCGCAUCGAGAAGGACAAGAAAGGCCCUCCUCCUGGAAUCGUCAAGGCCAUGCUGGCAACCCUGACCUGAGCCCGGGGAGCUGUCGGAAGAGGCGCCUGGCGUUGAACCAUUGGGAGUCCAGCCGUCCUAUAAUUUGAGAGGGAGAGCCAUGUUUUCAUGAUAUCUAUUUGCAAUUCAGAGAUGACGAAUCUGCAUCUUCACACCUACCGCCCAGGUGUGGCCGGGAAAGCCAUCAUGUUGGGGAACCAGGAAGGUUUCUUUUAUGACGAUAUGAUCUUUUGCCUGUUCCUUGAAUAUCACAGAUUUAUAUAGAUUGGGGGACCUCAAAGCUGUACAAUGAUUUCUGUCGGGGGCGACGCAUCAAGAAAUUAAAACACAAAAAUACCCAACAA